UAUUUUUUGGAGAUGCUCUUACACCGAAAAUCAAAAGGGAGAAAAAGGAAAAGGCAGGGCAACAGAGGGGAAAGUAGCUAGGAAGGAAGCAGAGAUGCCAACCGCAAGAUGCUGUGAUAUCUGCUCAUGAGAUCACCUAGCAGAUCGAUAAUGAGCUUGAUCAUGUUUUUUUAGCAUCGGAGAUCUCCUUGCCUAUCUUUUAACGGGAUGCAAACCUAGAGUUCAAACCCCGGAUCGGUGAAGAAGUGCGCUUGCGUCUUACCGUGCGCCGAGCAGAAGCCCCGUCAAGAUCAAGGUCGCCUAUGGAUGGAGAUCAGAGGAGGCAAGCCGCCGCGGUCACACGGGCACGCGUGCAGGACAGCCCGGCGCGGCGCCUGAUCGCCUGGCUGCAGCUUCGUUUCAAGGCGUUUGUUCAUAGGUGCGGCAAGCUCGCGAGAUGGGACGCGGCGGGGCGCCCCGUGUUCGUCCUCUUCGCGGUGUUCUUGCUCCAGAGGAGCCUGCGCCGCCGGUACCUGUCAUGGAAGGAGUCGUCGGAGCUGCGGCUGCGGGCCGCCGCGGUCACCGUGCAGGCGGCCGUCAGGGCGAUAGCGGCUCGCCGCGAGCUCUCGCUCCGGAGGCAGGCCAGGGCAGCCACGCGCAUCCAGGCGCAAUGGCGUGCUCACAUUGCUGUGUGGAGCUACCUGAUGACGAAGAGAGCCACCCUGAUCUGUCAGUGUGCUCUGAGGCGAAACAUUGCGAGGAGGCAGCUCCUGAAGCUCAGACUGGCGAAUCUUGAGAGGGAAAGGCUGGAUGAGAUGUGCACGCAGCGUGAGAUGGUGGACGUGCUAGUUGAGACCACUUCGCGACGCCCGGCAGAGCACUACGCCCUCCCGCGAGCUCCUUCCGUCAUCCUCGUGAGCUGGACUCCGCCGCCGCUGGGGUGGUACAAACUCAACUUCGACGGCUCCGUUUACCACGACGAGACCGGUCGCGCGAGCAUUGGCGGCGUCAUCCGCGACUGCACCGGCCACCUCUUCCUCUGUUUUGCUGAGCGGACCGAGCUUGCCUCGAUCGGUAUGAUCGAGGGCUGUGCGCUCAUCCGCGGCCUCCACCUCGCGCUGGAGAGCGGGUGCUGCGACGGCCACCGGCCGCUGCUCGUCGAGGGCUACGACCGGACUCUGGUGCGGCUGCUGCGCGGGGAGUCGCGGCUGAGGCGCAUCACGCGGGCCAUGAAGGAGGAAAUCUUGGAGCUCCUCGGCCGUUUCCGCGGGGGCUUCGAGGUGCGGCACAUCUUCCGCGAGGGCAACCAGGUGGCCGACACGCUGUGCCGGGAGGCGUACCGGUGCCCGAUGGUGUGGAAUGUGCGGAUCGACGGGCCCGUCCCCUCCUACGCCGUGUGGGAGAAGGCGGAGGACGACCGCCGUGGCGUCGUGCACGAGCGGAUCCGACCGCCGUGUGGCAUGAAACUAAUCAAUGGAGCGCGCCGAGAAUUCGCUCCACAAGUGACGGCUUCGCUUGCCGGGCAACCUGUGGCACCUCCUGAUCUCCAGCCGGCCCAAGAACAGCCGAUCCAGCACGAUCGUUCCAAGAUCACGUUGAAGGAACGCACGAGCCGGCGACUACCGAAGACACGGAGACGAGACGACGAGAGCACGCUCGUGGACUGGGCUGACGGAUUCGCUUGCCAGGCCGACGGAGACAACUUCUGAUCUGAGCUCCCGUGGUACAAGAUCAGGCCCCAGAACCGCCGAUCGGGCUCGAUCCAAGAUCACGUUCUCACACAGUGCAAGAAGGAUCCAAGCUGCGCCGAGAAGCUUGCCCAGGAGCGGCAGGAAUUCAGGGCGGCUAUUGUCCAAGACUCCAAGACAUGCAUUGACGCUUGAUCAAGAAGAAGCAGGCUUGAUGUUGUCAGUUUCUCAUAGCAGAACGUUUUCGCGCACGUGUGUGCCCCUUUUGGAGUCUUCUCUUUUCUCGCUGUUGCCAAGUGUUGUAGCAGGUCAAGUAAGACUCGCUACUGUCAGCAGACUUUGAGGAGGAGCUGACCGACCAAGCC